GACAAUGCUCCUUCAUUUACGUAUUCUACAGGACUGGUUAGGACGUAUGUAUUACGCAUAACAGAUGCGUGCUCGAGGUGUAAGAUUUGCUUAUUUCGGGGCGCGGUUUGAGCAGCAGACGCGAUGCACUCGGCGCUCGGCGGGCUCCAACGGCAAGCGCAGCGCCGGCUGCUAGUGGAGGCUGUCCUAAUAGAGGAUGAUGCAGCCGGUCCUGACACGAAGCAGGAGGUGGCGGAGGGCCGCGAAGACUCGGACGGUCUCGGCACGCAGCGGGCCUCGUGCCCCUCCCGCGACCGGGCCCGCGCCUCGCUGCGUCGCCUGCACCCCACAGCCUGGCGAUGCACACAGCCUGACGCCCAUGCUGCUGCCAUCAAUGAGUCUGAGGGCUCAGAGCCUUUAAGCCGGCUGCUGCAGGCUGUUGCAACAGCCGGCAAGCGCCUGCCCUGGGCGCACCUGGCCGCACGCGAGGAGGCAGCGGUCGGGAUGGGGGUCAGCACGAGUGGGCGGGGUGCAGACGGAGACCAGACGGCGGAGGCGGAGACUAGGCAGGGCAAGCAGCAGCAGUCGGCGGCUCAGGACUGGUCGUGGCUGGCCUCUCCGCCCUGGGGUGUGGUCCCGCUGCCGCCGGAGCUAGCGUGCCGGGUCGACCCACAUGGGCGGCUGCGGCCCGGCACAUGCGGUGCCGAGGCCAUUGCAACACACGCUGAGUCAGUCGCCUCAGCCUGUCCUCCGCAUGCGCACUCGGACCCGCACUGCGCUCAGCUGCACACACAGCUGCACCGCAUGACGGCGGCCGUGCAGCAGGUGCUGGCGGUGGCGGCGGCCGCAAACCUGGCAGCAGAGGCCCAGGCAGCGGCGGCGGCAGCCGCGAAUGGCGAGGCUAGCUCAGCGCCUCCGCAGCUGCUGUACGAUCCGGAUUGGCAAAGCCUGUCGAAAAGGGGGACCGACGGCACGUGCGCCCUCGAGGUCGCUAGCGCCAGGGUACACACAAUAACGGAGCAGUGGGUUAUGUUAUUGGCUGCGGCUGGCUACGGCCGGAUAACGCCGGAGGGGCAACAGUACCUCCGGCCCAGCAGCGCUGCUGCCGACGCCAAGUCGCCGGAGCCUCCGGUCUUGCCCCGCUCGCAGUCCCUGUUGCGAAGUGCCCAAGCCGGGCUCGGCCUUGCCGAGGAUGAGGCGGUCGCCCUCCAGACGAAAACAUCGCGUGAAUGCCAGCUGUCAGAAAAGGCUCUGUAUCCAGCCCCAGGAAAAGUCAGCCUUAUGGUGAUGGCCUACCGUGCCGGUGAGGGCGGGGGCGGCAGCACGCGUGCGUCGCGUGCCGCGCUUAAGCAGCUAUUGGAACCCCUCACGCAGCUGCUGCUGAAGACGUCCACGGCAGGGGGCCCGGGGCCGGCUGGCAGCGUGUGCAGCUGGCAACAGCUGGCGGCACAUGUUUCGGAGUGGUCAGGGCCUUGCAAGAUGUCGGCGAUGUGGAGCUGGCUUCUGGCGUGCGUCGUGGCGGAGGCGGAGGCGGACGAGGCGGUGCAGGGGCUGACGCCGCCGCUGGAGGCGGUGCAGGAGCCGGCGAGCCGGUCGCGCACGGGCAUGGGCUCUUACGGUGGCGCCGGCGCCAGCGCCGGGUUACCGGCAGCAUGGCGUCAGGCGGCCGAGGAGGUGCUCCGGGGCGCCGCCUGCUUCCUGGGCCUGACGAUUGACCUGCUUCCCCGCGACACCGCCCGCCGCCUCGACCCGUUGGCCAUGGCGGCGGCGUGGCAGGCCUGGCUGCUGGCGAGAGCGCUGGAGCCAGGCACCGACGUGUCGCCGCUUUGCCUGUACAACACACUUCUGUUGGGCCAGCUGCCGGCCUUCACGCAGCUGCCGCUGCCGCCCGGCUGCACGCAGCUCGACCUGCAUCGCGCGCCGCCGCCGCCGCCCCUGUCGUACGAGCAUGCACUGAACGUGAUGCACAGCUACUUGUACGAGCCGUGCCGAACCAACGCGUGGCAGAACUACAUAUUGGCUGGUGACGACAGGGAGCAUCAAUCGGGCACGGUGCUGUGGACGGCAGCGGAGCACUGGCUUGGCGAGUGGGAACAGGCGCGGGAGGAGGCGUACCUGGAGCACAGGCGGCAGCAGGUGGAGGAGCUGGGGUUGCUUCAGGCGUGGGCGUCGUCUGCAGGCGGCUGCGACGGCUGUAGCAGCUGCAGCGGCGGCGCGGAGCGCAGCCAGGAGCACACGGGGCACGCGGCGGAGGCUGGGCGUGACACGGUGGCGGCGGCGGCGGCGGCGCGGCUGCUGGGGCUGGAGGGCAUCCUGGAGGCGGCGGCAGCGCUGCGGCCGCCGGCCGCAGCCAUCGUGGCGUGUCUGCGUGCGCUGCAGCUGCUGCGGCUGCCGCCGGGUGUGCUGGUCCUUACGGACUUCUUGUCAGAAGAGGUCGCAACCUUGGCGAUAGCUGGCGUGGGGGCGGCGGUGAACGCGGCCGCCGGCGCAUCCCCCGGCGGCUGUGACGUCGUACGGAUGCGGCUGCCGUACAGCGAGGGCGGUACGUGUGCGGCCGCCUUCCUGCGCCUGUUGCAGAUGCCGGCGAUCAGCAAGGUGCCGGCGGUGCAGGCGUCCCGCAGCGUGUUCGCGUUCCAGGUGGAGCUGCUGGCAGGUGCCGAUGCCGGUGCCAGUGCCGAUUCCGCGGUCAGGUACAUGCAGCAGGGGCAGCAGCAGCAGCAGCAGGGGCCGGGGCCGGGGCCGGGGUCGGACCAUCGCGGGCCAGAGCUGCAGUUGAUUGUGUGUCGGACCUUCCUGCCGGAGUGGACUGCGGCUGGCGGCGCCUCCAAGUGGCCCCUACCCUGGACCGCCAUUAACGAGUGGGGAGUCGCUUUUGACUGGCACUGCGAGACCAGAAUGGCCGACAUGGUUGCGUGGCUACGGCGAGUGCUGGUGGAGCGGCGGCUGGGACUUGUGGCGAUAAACCUGCAGGGCAUUGAGACAAUCAACCGCAUGUUGGCAGCACUUGUCAAGGUCCGCGGCGAGAUGCUAGGACAGGGCCGGGACUGCAGUGCAACCAGCCACCACUUCUUCCCUGACGCCUGGUGGGGUGAGGAGGAGCAGCAGCAGGCGGAGGCGCCUGCAGCGGCCAAUAGAGCUGCUCCGGUAGGCGCAGGCAGGCUUGCCGGCGCCACGGCAGCGCAGGCGCAAAAGCAAUUGGCGACGCUGAAACUGGCGACGGCGGCGGUGGACGCCCACGUCAACAGCCUCCCGAUGUUGCCGCCGGAGGCCCUGACACAGCACGCGCUACUGCCACCGCAGCCGCAGCUGCAUUCCGACCUACAGCCGCACAACACGGGCGCUGCCUCGGGCCAGCCGGUCGUGAUUGACGCGCACACGACGGCCGGUGUAGCUCAGGACAUGGGGCCGCUGCUGCAGCUGCGGCCGCCGGCGCCGGAUCAGGAGCUUCCGUAUUCGUCCGCGCCCGCGAUGGGGUGCGCAAGCGUCGUGGACCUGGAGCUGCAUGUUGCGACUGUCUUGACGGCGCUGCAGCGGAGAGACCAACAGCAGCAGCAGCAGGAGAAGCUGGGGCAAGAAGGAGCGCAGGCGGCGGGGCGGCUGCAGGAGCCCGGGGAUAGGGAGGAGCAUCCGCGGCGCGCGAGGGACAAGCAGCGGCGCAGAGGCGAGGAGGGCGUGCGGCGGAGGCAGCCGUGGUUUAAUUUCCAGCUCGAGAUUCGGGUGUUUGAGGUGGCGCCCGGGCGGCCCUGGGAGCUGCUGCUGCCGUCGUCAGCGGACGUGCAGGAUCUCGAACGGAAGGCGGAAAAGGAGCGGCUUGCCAGGAUGAUGAAUUGCCAGGAUGGUUGAAUGCACAUUGUGGCGCAUCGGUUGAAUGCGCAUUGUGGCGCUUCAUGUUUUUGCCUAGACCGCGCCGGCAAUCAGGCGCUGGUUGAGUUAUGGUUGUUGCGCGGCACGGCGGCAAGAGUAGGGGAUUGGGGGAUCAAGCAGGGAAUAUGUCGUCCCAGCGGUGUCGACCACGGCUGUCUCCUAACUGGUCUCGCCCUAACAUGGCGGUCUACGAACCUAUUCAUAAAACCAGGUCGCACCUGCAUGGGAACAAGGUGCACUCUACGCCAGUGCACCUGGGGUCGGGACGAGACUUUAUUAACUCACUGGCUGACUGGCGCUGAAAGGCGCAGUAUGACACUUGACGGGAUCGGAAUUCGUGCCUAUUCGUGCCGCUGUGUGUUGAUGGGAUCUGUUUGACAAAGGGAGCGGGUGUGGGGGCGGCUGCUGGGGUCCGAGAGCAGGUACGCGAGCGAGCGCUGGGCCGUUAAUCAAGAUGGUGGUCGGGACUGUGUCGCAAAGUUUGAGUGGGGGGAUGUCAGGUGAACGUUAGUGGCAGGGGGGGGCUGUGCGCGUUCGGUGGUGCAUGGAGGGCAGGCGGGAGGGUCCGUGCAGAUGGGUGGGAGGGGACAGUUCAGGCCAGAUGGAUGGGGUAGGCAAUCGGGCGGGACACGGUGGCGGGACACCAUCCGACACACGCAGCGCUUGGGAGCUUUACAAGAACACCACACAGCUACACAGUUUCGUACUGGUCCUGGCUAUACGUGCGGCGUGUAACAGGCUGUCUGG